UGCGCGACGCAGUCGGGCCCUGGACUCCGCGCGGCGCUGCUGCCUGCUUGCGUCGCCGACUCCGGCCGGAGGGUCAGUGUGGAGGCGGGAGCUGCCGCGGCCGGCUUGGAACUCCGUGCGCGCGGGCCUGGAGCUGCGCCCCUCCGUCUUCUCCCGACUUCUGAUCCGCGGAGGGGCACUCGGAGCCCCAGCCUGGGUCGCAGUGCCUUAGGCCUGCGGGCCUCAGUUUCUCGGUGGCGCUCGGACUCUCGCCCUCGGAGGGAGGCCUGUCCCCCGGUCUCUGGCUGCGGAUCCCUGGACCCUCUUCGCGGGCGCUGCGCGGAGCCGCAGAUUGCCUCGGAUGGUGGCCUGCGACUGACAGUCCCUCAGCUCUUCUCAGCUCUCCUGAGGCUGCAGCUGUCAGCUCCCUGAUCCUCAGCACUUGCCUGGACCAGUGUGGGUCUGCCACGCCCUGUUCAGCCAUCCCUGUACUGUCGUGCCGUGCAAGCCACAUCUGUCCACACCCUGCCCCCAGUGCUGGCUCUCCUCUCUUCUCCCCUCUGCUCCCAGCAUGCCUCGCGGCCGUUGCCGUCAGCAGGGCCCUCGCGUUCCCAUCUGGGCAGCCGCCAAUUAUGCCAACGCACACCCAUGGCAGCAGAUGGACCAGGCCUCUCCUGGGGUGGCAUGCACCCCCCUUGUGGAUCCCUGGAUUGAGCGGCCCUGCUGCGGGGACCCCGUGUGCGUGCGAACGAUCAUGGAGCAGAAGAGCACAGCUAGUGGUACUCCUGGCGAUCAGCUCGCAGAAAGGGGUCCUCUAGCUGGGUGCAUGCCCAGCCCCCGACCCCGCAGGGUGGACUUCUGCUGGGUGCCAGGCUCGGACCCAGGCACCUUUGAUGGCUCCCCAUGGCUACUGGACCGUUUCUUGGCCCAACUGGACGAUUACAUGUCCUUCCGCUUCGAGCACUAUCAGGACAACACCAGCCGUGUCUACGAGAUCCUCGGGCGCCUGACAGGCCGAGCCCGGGCCUGGGCAGCCCCCUACCUUGUUGGGGACCUGCCCCUGCCUGACGAUUACGAGCUCUUCUGCCGGGAUCUCAAGGAAGUUGUUCAAGACCCUAACAGUUUUGCUGAGUACCAUGAGGUGGUUCCCUGUCCCCUGCCCCUGGCCUCCAGCCGGCCACCAGUGUCCCCGCAGCUGCCUGCGGUGAGGCAGUACUUAGCUAGGUUCUUGGAGGGCCUGGCACUCAACAUGGGUACUGCCCCCAGGGCUUUACCAGCUGCCAUGGCCACCCCUGCUAUGCCUAGGUCCAGCUCUAUAUCCAGAAGUGCUCUGCCCGGUCAGCAGCUGACCAAGGGGAGCGCCCCUGGACCCAGGGGGCCCCCAGUCCCGCCCAGUUCUGCAUGUAGCUCCAAGCCUGGUCCUGUGGAACCAGCCUCCUCUCAGCCAGAGGGGGCAGCCCCCACACCUGUCCCUAGACUGUUGGAGUCAGCUGAUUCUCCUGCCCAGAGACCAGACCCAGCUCACCCAGGGGAUCUGAAACCCCGGAAAACAGAGGAGGAGGUUUUGGAGACAGAGGGAAACCAGGAGGUAUCCUCAGGUACCCCAGGGGAGGUGGUGGAGGCCCCGGAGACCCCAGGAGAGCCACCACUUUCUCCUGGGUUCUGAACACAACCCAGGCGGGAGCAAUGCUGCGCCUCAUGAUGAGGUGGCCUGUGUGGCUCGAGAGCCCCUUAGUCCCCUGUCAGAGGAGAGUGGCAUCCCCAGAUUAUUUCAGACGACCCCAGAGCUGGGCAAGGUGUGCUUGUUUUGGACUUUGCCCUGAGCAGAAACGGCUCCCCCGACCCCAGCAGAGCUGUCCUCCGCCCUGUGCCCUUUCCCUGCUCCUGCUGGCUGUCAGUUGUGUCCCUGCCCAUCACCUGGGAGUGCCGUCUCACCCAGGCCUGCUCCCGUGAGGGGGUCAUUUUGUGGAUCAACUCCCAGCAGAUACUUGCAUCAUCUUUGUCACCUCCACCCCCACAAAACACCCCCCUUGGUAUCUUCCACACUGGCCGGGACUGAACUGGGUCUGCUACAUCUGCCCUGUUGGGAUCUGGUUUCUCUUUGGGUUCUCUGUGUGUCCCCCUAACCGCACCAUCUCUGCUCCCUGUGACUUCUGUCCCAGUUGGAAUGUGAGGAAGGCUGCCUGGAGGAAGUGGCAACUUUGAUUCUCCUGGAUGAGUGGGAUGGCAUCUUGGCAGAGAAUGAUGUUUCCGGUGGGUUUACCAGCAGUCCUGGCCAGCUGGGAGGUUUGGAUGCAGGCAGAUGGGAUGCAAGCCCCUUGUUAAGCUGAGCUGCAGGCAUUCUCCCUUCGUUUGUUAGCGCUCAAGUCAUGCCUGGUGUUCUGAAGCAGCUUCCUCUUCCCUGCUGCUGUGCUGACGUCCCCUCCCCUGCGCACUCCCGUACAUCGCCCAUUCAGCAGUUAACCCCAGUGAGGUAAAUGACUUGGAUCUCCCUCCUGGCUGUGACCCUCCAGGGCAGGGGCUCUGUCUUAGUCAGCUAUGUGGCUUGGUACACAAUUGGUGCUCAUUAAACGUGUUGGAUUACUGGCUGAGCCUGUGGUGCAGUGGCUGCCUACCAG